AUGAAGCCUUACAUGUACUCGCUGUUUGCAUUAUUUAUCAUUGUUGUUGAUGUAUUUGCAAAAGAUGUCAGGAAAUUAUGCACCAAUACAUUGGGUAGUAGAAGUUGUGGCCAAUGUAUCAAACAACAUCCGGAAUGUGCAUGGUGUCUUGAUCCGCAUUUGGUAGGUCCAUCACGAUGUGACUUAAAAUCUGAAUUUCAAGGCAAAUGUGCUCCAUCGCUUAUUUACUCACCUUCUACAGAAGUUCGAAUUAUACCACAAAAUAAUUUGCCAUUAGGAAGUAAACAAGCAGAUGGUGCAACGAUUGUACAACUUGAACCACAACAAGUUGUUUUAAGGAUGAAACCUGGUAAUUAUUAUUAUUAUUAA